GAGGAGGAGAGAGACUGAGACACAGAGCUGUACCACACCAAGUGUCCGCCGAAUGUCUGCCUCCUCGCCCCGCCAAUGAACACCCCUCGCAUUCCUAUGUCUGCCAGUUGACACCCUGAACGCGAAAGGAGCAGGUUUCCACCCCGGCGAGGAUCCAGGAGUCCGACAGCGGGGCUGCGUGUUUUUUCAGGAGCACCUGACAUUUCCUGUGACAGAUUUACUCACUGGAUCAUGGCACAGACCAACAGCAGUGGGCAGGGGACCAAUGGGGUAGCGGAUGAGUCCCCCAACAUGAUAGUGUACAGAAAGAUGGAGGAAGUAAUAGCACGCAUGCAGGAGGAGAAAAAUGGCAUUCCAAUCCGAACAGUGAAAAGUUUUCUAACCAAGAUUCCCAGUGUAUUUUCAGGUUCUGAUAUUGUACAGUGGAUGAUCAAGAAUUUGGACAUCGAAGAUCAAGUGGAGGCUCUUCACCUAGGAACGCUGAUGGCUGCACACGGUUACUUCUUCCCCAUCUCAGACCACGUCCUCACUCUCAAAGAUGAUGGCACUUUCUAUAGAUUUCAAACUCCAUACUUUUGGCCAUCGAACUGCUGGGAACCAGAAAACACAGACUAUGCUGUUUACCUCUGCAAAAGAACAAUGCAAAACAAAGCACGUCUGGAGCUUGCAGACUAUGAGGCGGAAAGCUUAGCAAGGCUACAGCGAGCUUUUGCCAGGAAAUGGGAGUUCAUUUUUAUGCAAGCAGAAGCACAAGCAAAAGUGGACAAGAAAAGAGACAAAAUUGAGAGGAAAAUUCUCGACAGUCAGGAAAGAGCAUUCUGGGACGUGCACAGACCAGUGCCUGGAUGUGUGAACACAACAGAAGUCGACAUAAAGAAGUCCUCCAGAAUGAAAAAUCCUCACAAAACUAGAAAGUCUGUGUACGGGCUGCAGAAUGACAUCCGCACCCACAGCCCGACUCACACUCCCGCUCCAGAGGCCAAGCAGCCGACGGAAGAAGAACUGCAAGAACAGAUCACCUUUUGGCAAUUGCAAUUAGACCGGCAUCGACUGAAAAUGUCCAAAGUGGCAGAGAGUUUGCUGGGCUACACGGAGCAGUACGUCGAGUACGACCCCUUCCUCACGCCUCCAGACCCGUCCAACCCCUGGAUCUCAGACGACACUACGCUCUGGGAGCUUGAAGCCAGUAAGGAGCCGGGACAGCAGAGGGUAAAGAGGUGGGCCUUCGGCAUAGAUGAAGUGCUCAAAGAUCCUGUGGGAAGAGAGCAGUUCCUCAAGUUUCUGGAGUCUGAGUUCAGUUCGGAGAAUCUCAGGUUCUGGCUAGCAGUGCAGGAGCUAAAGAAACGUCCCAUCAGAGAAGUCCCGACUCGAGUCCAGGAGAUCUGGCAGGAGUUUCUGGCCCCUGGAGCGCCCAGUGCCAUCAACGUGGACUCCAAGAGCUAUGACAAAACCACCCAGAAUGUCAAAGACCCCGGCCGCUACGCCUUUGAGGAUGCACAGGAACACAUCUACAAGCUGAUGAAGAGUGAUUCUUACAGCCGUUUCAUCCGCUCCAAUGCCUACCAGGAAUUAUUACAGGCAAAGAAGAAGAAAAGUAAGAACUUGUUCUGAAGGCUCUUGCUCCCAGCACAGGAAAAGCCACUGGCAUCCAAGAGAUCGACCAGUUGUGUGCCAUCAUGCUAAAAUCAAUGCCAUCGCUCUCUUUCCUGGACGUGGAGAGGGGGAUCCAUCUCAUCUCCUCAUCAUCAUUGUCUGUCAUCUGCUCUCGGCUCCGCCGGAUGAUGAGCCGAGCCGGGCCGGGCCGGGC